AUGGCACGGCGGCGACUACCAGGGCUGCCGCCGCUGCUCGCCGCUCUGAUCCUUUCUCUGGGUUUCAGCGAGCUGCCUCAAGCAGCCGCCCUACCCAGCUAUGUGCGGGCCUCCAGCGAGACUACCUGCACCUCGGCGGAUGAGGCCUAUUGUCGAUAUACCUUGACACCAGAACCAGCUUGCCUCACCACUGUAAACUGCGCCGAGCCCUGCACCUACUCGGGUGCCGCUCCCAGCUUUAUUAAUCUUCUGACCACAGCUCGCCCUGGCUUCAACGAAAGCGUCGGCGUCCCACUCAACACCAGCACGCCCCCACUGGCCGUGCCCAUUACACAGCAGCCCCAUUUGACCCGCGCCAAUGGCUAUGCCCUACGCCUGGGAUUUCAGCUUGAAACGAUCACCCCCGACGUGCAGCAUUUAUUUGCCGUUCUGAUUAAUCAGGGCUCCACUAUUUCCAGUGCCGUUGCCCUCAACGCCUCGGCGGGUCGUCUUUUGGUUCAGCAACGCGAUGCUUACUUUCAACCCCAUCAAGUGGAACUAUCCCUCUCGAGUGCACCCCUCGAAACCGGCACGCGUUACGAGUGGACCAUUAGCUUUUACCGUCGGGAUCUCGUCGUAUAUGACUCAGCGGGUCGGGUUCUGGCAUCUUGGUACUACGACCCUGCCAGCUUCCCACAAACCUUCAUCGAUCCUUCCCAGUGUGGUUCAGACCGUCCUUUUGGCUGUCAGGUUGACCAGAUGUUGGUGGGUGGCGACACGGCCACGGUGGCUUCAUUUACCGGGCGUUUUUACCAAGCACAACUUGCAUCACGCAUGGCCACCCAAUCUGACGUCCUACACGCGCUAGCCGUGGCAGAAGAUUUUCCCGUGCACUUUGCUUUUGUGCCGGCCGCCGUCGCUCCCGCCUGUCGCUGUCCACCAACACACCCAGUGCUCUUGGAUGAGCUGUCGACUCCCAAUACCUGUGUUGAAAUACCCACUCGGCCCGCGCCGCGCAACACGCAGGAUCGUGUUUUACAAACAGGAGCUGCCUUCGCUCCAGGCUUUGUGCUGGAUGGCGAUGAACAGACGGCCUGGCAGUCGGCUUUGGGCUCAAACGCAACUCUCACACUCGACCUUCGUGGGCCUCACUACCUCGAUCGAAUCGAACUAGACGUGCUCUCGGCCUUGCCUGACGAAAUUCGUCUCGAAAUCGCUCAGACCAGCGACCCAGCCGAGGUGGCCUGGACCCUGCUGGGUGUGCUCCGCGCUGAUUGCGCCUUUGCCAGCACUGCACCAUGCCAGUCUUACCCGCGAACGGCUGACGGUGCCGCUGUAAGCACCGGUACCGUCGCCUUUCAAACUUCUUUUCCCAAUGUGACGGCCAGCUCAGCUGCUCUAGCGGCCGUCACAGCAACACAGCUGCGCCUAAGCUUCGUUGGCCUGGGUGUGCCCGAGCUAGCGCAAAGCCAUUACGUCACCAUCGGUACUAUCGCGGGGAGCAUUCGCUGUGCUUGUCACGGCUUUGAACUAGAGUGCGGCCCUGAACCGGUCAGAUCGAGCCCUCCCUACAACAGCACCCUCAGCUGCAGCUGUGGUGGCAACACCAUCGGCUCCCAGUGCGAGGCUUGCGCGCCGUUGUACAACGCCAAACCCUUCCGACCGGCUUUGGGCCCGGCAGCAGCCUUUACCUGUCAGCCCUGCACAUGUCACGGCAAAGCGGAUGCUUGCGUUUACAGCGCUGCACAUGAUCCUCACCCCGACAGCUGGACCGUUGGGGAUGGUGGUGUGUGCAACUGCACCGCCCACACAACCGGUCGCCAAUGUGCUGCCUGCGCUGACGGCUUUUUCCUUCCCAGCAAUCGAUCCAUCACCGAGGUCGAUCCCUGUCGCCCCUGCGUAUGCAAUGCGGCUGGCCGUGCCACCGCAACUUGCCAGGACGGUGACGGGGCCUGCUCUUGCAAACCCCACGUACAGGGUUCCACCUGUGAUGUCUGCGCACGAGGGUUUUUUAACUUGUCAGCAGCCAACCCCGAGGGUUGUCAGGCCUGCGUAUGCAACGAGGCGGGCUCUCGACACAACAAUACCUUUUUCUGUGGUCAAGAUGAAGGAGGUUGUCUCUGUAAGGACAACGUCCUGGGUGCGGCCUGUGAUACUUGCCGCCCAGGCUUUUUCAAUCUCUCGACUGCGCACGAUCAAGGCUGCAUCGCCUGCCAUGCCCUCUGCGACCCGCUGCAAUCCUGCUCUGGUUCGUCAAGCAGUGACUGCGACGCAUGCCGCUUUGCUCGCAAUGACGACGUCUGCGUGAGCCAUUGUCCCGCACAUCGCACCUUCAACGCCACAUCAGGCCUGUGCACCGCGUGUCCUGACAACGAGUGCAUUCUGGUCACGGCCAGCCCAACGCAUUUAAUGCUACGCGAAAACCUUUUCACCACCACCAUCGUGGGCUUUGUCGGUACAACCAGCCUUCCGCGCGCCCCAGCCAAUUCCGGUCAGGAGGUUCUAGACCAAGAUCCCAUCUGGGACGUUGUACCCCUGCCACCUGUGAGCUUGGCGAAUGCCGAGGUCUCCGUUCUUGACGGCGCCUUGCGACUGCCAGAGGAGGGCGUGGCCGGCGUAUCCGUGGACGCUACAACUGCCGAUGACAGCUUCACCCUUGGGUUCUGGCGCUCAACUACCCGAUUUAGCGGCUUGACGCGUACCUCCAACUCCGCAGUUGCGGCCACCGACCGAGCUGUUGCGGCUCAGGUCGGCGCCAGUGGGGUUCUUACCAUUGUCGCUAUGGUCCGGCUCGAUGCCUCGGGUUAUAUCCUCAGCAAGACGCGCGACUCACUCACCUCGAGUAUCGACAGCGUGAGCUAUACACUCAGCGCCACCACCAACAACAUUGUCUUUUCCUAUGUUUACCGCCUCGCCAACGGAGACUACGCCCAAACAAACCGCGCCGUUGCCACCAGCGUGAUAGAUGGCACCUGGCAUCGCCUGCGCGUGGUCAUUGCUGGGACCGACUUGAGCCUGUGGAUUGACGAAACGCCCAUCGCCACGGCCCUACAACUCCGCGGGCCUGUGCACGACAACCCCGCCAACCAGCGCUUUGUUGUCGGCGCCUCCCCGGGCAGCUCGCUGCGCCUGCGCGGCGAUGUGGCCCUCGUGCGCGUCUACCCUGACCUGGCUCUGACAAGCUGGCCCAGUCAUUUGGUUCAACCCAAGAUAUCGGUCCAAGGCAUCAACUUGCUCAUGGUGGUUGCGCCCCUGGACCGAGAGACCACGGCCGAGUUUGCAUACCGCCUUGAAGUUGAAUAUGCCAACGGACGUCGCGGGUCGCGGGAGCUAAAUCUGACCGUGCUGGACGCGAACGAUAACGCUCCACAGCUUGUAGCCACUCGUAAUUUCAUCAGCCUUGUCGAAUCGGUCGCCCCCCCGGUGAUCCUCAACCAGUAUUCUGCGACCGACGCAGACAUUGGCGCCAAUGCGCUCGUCACCUUUGCCAAUCUCAGCGUGCUUUCGGGUCCAGAGUGGGCACUGGAAUCAGAUUCGACUCUGCCUUUUGCGCUCAGCGCCAACGGCACCCUGUCCCUGGUUGCGCCUCUAGAUGCGGAAUCAGCCAAUCUCUGGCGUUUGGAAGUGGUGGCUCGCGAUGGAGGCACCCCAUUCCUCGAGGCUCGCGCUGAGUUUGUGGUCAACGUAGCGGACGUCAACGAUGAACCGCCGCGCUUUCUCAAUGGCACCAACGUUACCAUCAGCGUGGACGAGGGUGCCGCCCCCGGGGGUGUCUUAGCAACCGUGCUGGCCGUGGAUGGCGAUAUAUCUGGCCUUCCCGUCAGAUAUACAUCCUCCAUGCCGGCCUUCUUUAGCGUCGAUGCGUCAGGGCACGUCCGUGCGCUCAUCCAAUUGACUUACGACCGUGCUGCCGGCAUUGAAGGCAAUGUCCUCACAUUUGGCAUCGUUGCAUCGGAUGGAGCGCAAAACGCGACGCUAACCGUUUACCUUGUCGUGCGCGAUGUGAACACCGAAGCGCCGACAUUCAGUCAGCCCGCAUAUGCGGCUGCAAUCCCUGAAAACGUUGCUCCUGGAACCCCUCUUGACAAUUUGCUCAUUGCCGCCACGGACUACGUGGAUGGAGCUGCCUUGGCCGACAUCCAGCUCGAACUCACAGGCGAUGGUGCAAAUGACUUUGCACUGCUGCCCUCGGGCCAGGUGGUAACCUUUGCCAUGCUUGACCGUGAAGUGCGCGACGUCUAUCAUUUAGAGGUGGUUGCCAGGGACGCCGUGGAUCCCACACUUGCGCUUUCCUCUCGUGCCAACCUGACCAUCACCCUCACGGAUGUCAACGACAAUCCGCCCGCCUUUACACACGGAAACCUAUCAUGCACGGUCCCAGAAAACAGUGCACCUCUGGCUUGUGUCACGCUGGUGGCCUGGGAUUCCGACGGCCCCGGCAACAACUCGGUCGUUCGUUUUCGCCUUGUUGCAGGUGACCUGGACGCCUUCGAAGUGGAUGCUCUGACCGGUCUCGUGCGCAUGCGCCGCCCUUUGGAUGCAGAGCUAACCUCGGCAGUAGCCGUGUGGGUCGAGGCGUACGACCUCGGAUCCCCCGUGCGUGUAAGCACGCGCGUGCUCGUCACCUGCUGGGUCGAGAAUCUCAACGAUAACUCUCCUGUGCUGGACGAGGUCACAUCUCGCGAGCUGUCAGAGCUGGUGCCAGUGGGGACCAUCUACGCCAAUGUCACUGCGUCGGAUGCGGAUGUCGGCAUUUUUGGAGCACUUGAGCUUGCUUUACACACAUCGAACCCAGAUCCGGCGCUUUCGCUGAACGACGACGGCACUGCGUUGAUUAUUCGCCGGGUUCUUGAUUUCGAGACCGUUGAUCGUCAACGCCAGCGUUACGAGCUUUUUGUCCGCGACGGCGGAGGCCGCAACACAUCGGUUUCCUUCGAACUGACGGUGCUUGAUGCCAAUGACAAUCCACCCGUAAUUUCGGCGCCAGAUGAUGUCACUCUCACCGAGGACAAUUCUCUGGUGCCGAGAUUGGUGGCCACGGUAUCUGCCUCGGAUGCGGACAGUUUUGAAGGAGACAUGCAGUUUUUGGUGAUUGCGCCGCCUUUGGGUUUUGUGUUCUCGCGCAUCUCUGCGGUCUCAGCAACGCUCCAGGCCGCGGCACCGCUUGACCGUGAAACGCUUGGGGACACCCUCCUCAUUCAGCUGCGCGUUGGUGACACGGGAUCGCCAACCAACUGGGUCACGCACAAUCUGACUGUCAAUCUGCUGGACGUCUCGGAUGAGGAUGUGACCCUUGCACCUGCAACUGGCACUGUCGCUCUGCCAGAAGAAGGCAGCGCGAUCCGGCCACUGGCCAACUCCACGCUCACGGACUUGGACGUCUUGCCAAGUACUCUGCGCGCUCUCCGCCUCACGCUACCAGUGCGCGACAACGAUGCGUGGAACGCCGCGCCCAUCACCGCCGAACUUUGUAAGACAGUUCAGUCGAGCGCCGGACCCGAUGUUGCCAGCGCAGGCUUGGUAGACUUUUUCGAUCAAUGCCUCCCCCGUGCCGGCACGUCCUUGCUGACGGCUGCAGUCGAAUUCAAUGCCUCCAAUCUCGUUGUCGUACCCAAUGCUCUGGAGGCGCUGACCGGCACGAGCACCGCUCUGAGUCUUGUUCUCUGGGCUGACCUGCUUCCGGAGAGUGCGGGCGUGCUCUUGUCACAACGCGAUGCCGAUGGCCGCAUUCAGCUUCAGAUAUACUUGGCCACCUCAGCCCUCGUGAUUGUUACGUUCCAAGUGCCAUCUCUUGACAGCCGGCCGGAUGCCUGGUUGCAAUAUGAUGUACAUUUUGUCCCAGACGCCAGUCUCUUGGUCGACGAUGGAUGGGAUUUCAUUGCCCUGACUCUUCAUGCUGACGGCUCGGCGUCCCUUCUCAUCAAUGAGGCAGAGUAUGCACCAACUCAAAUCACGCAACGCGAGGUGUUGAAUGGUCAAACGCAGCCCGCAGUCGAGGUAGGCCGGCUUGUGCGCCUGCCCGACUUCUCAGGCAUGGGGCGUUUGACAUUGGGUGGAUUUGGGUCCCCCGCUGCGCCGUCCAGCACGGUCGCAGGCCGUGUUUCUGCUCUGCUGCGCUAUGUCGACGUUGUCGUAACCUCGAGGACCAUUGUUUGUACCAGCCAGUGUGGCCCAAAGCUCGACGUGCCGGCCCAACUGCCUCCCAACCUUACGCUCAACUUUUCAGCCUCCGGCGCAAUUGUAGACAUCGAGGGGCACGCUUCCUUGGCCGAGUACACGGCCUUGCUGCAAUCGGUGGUAAUGUCACAGACAUACGUUGAGCCCAAUCCUGCCGACCUGGCGCUCACCCUCACAGCCUGGCAAGACGAUGAUCGCCAGGUUGACCUGGGCACGCGCGUGUUACGUCCUGCGCUUGUUCUUGAUCGGGCGCCCAUCAUCCAGCUGACACCCUUACCUCAACCUGGUUUUGCCUCCGAGGCUGACCUUACCGCCAGCCGCCAACGUGCAGUUGAAUAUAUCGAGGGAGAUGCUGCUGGCUCGCUCCUUUUAACUCCAAACCAGGGUCGGGUCACCUUGCUGGACUCUAACACAGCCGUGCAAAUUCUGCAGGCACGGGUCACGCUUGAGAACCCGGCUGCCGGAGAUGUACUUGCGUACGAUGUCGCAUCUUGCAGUGGGCUCAGCCCCACCGUAGCCCCAAGUGUCAGCACAGACUUGCUGUUCUCCGGGGCAGCAAGCGCAGCCAUCUACACGGCCUGCCUUCGCUCCGUUGCUUUUUUGAUUUCGGUCCCUGAGCCCGCGUUGCCCAACGUCACGCGUGCCGUACGCUUUGUUGUACAACAAGGACACCUCAGCUCGGUAGCCAGCCGUGCCUUCGUGACGGUGGUACCUGUUAAUGACCCGCCCGUCGUUAGCUUUGAUGGGUACCCUGUCGCUGCGCUCAGCUAUCAGGAGGGAUCGGGAACGCUGCCCCUGAUUGGACACGCGCGCGUCGACGUACUGCCCGGUGUUGUGACCGCACUGGUUCACCAAUUACGCUUGACCGACGCCGACAGCGUCAUGCUGAGCAACCUGACCGUCCGUUUUGACCCGACCCCUGCGGCACUCGGCGAGCAACUCGUAGUUCGCAACGCAACCCCCGGCGUACGGGUUGAUACGCUCGCCGAUGGUGGUCUUGUUUUGCAAGGGCCGGCUUCACCAUCGCAACUAAAGGCCGCCUUCGCGACAAUCGAGUACAGCAACAACUUUUCGGCUGCUCCUGCCGUCUCCACGCAGCUGCGGAUUGCAGCAUCGGAUGGUGUGGCGCAGAGCAUGGAGGUCACGCUUGAGAUUCGUUUCCUGGGCGUCAACAACAUGCCCGUGAUUGCUGUGCCCAGUGGUAGCGAAACUGUCAACUUUCUCGAGGAGGGCGCCGCGUUGCCGUUGUUUCCAGACGGCUUGGAUGUGUCCGAUCCUGAUUCUGAUCUCUUCACCGACGUGCAUGUGCACGUGAGUGGCCUGCGUGAUGGUGAUGAUGAACGUUUUGUUUUUGAUGCUGCCCUCAACAUGGUCCCCAGUGGUGUUGGAACCAACAACACGGUGCGCAUGUUUGAAAGUAACGCUUCGCUGACCGCCGACGCCCUACGAGCGGCACUGGCUGCGUCGACCUACCAAAACAUCUUGAACGAACCCACGGCAGGCGUGCGCACAAUCAUGGUCCGACUUCACGAUGCAGAGGGCGCGGCCAGUAACGCCGUGCAGCUGUCGCUGAACGUACAGGCCGUCAAUGAUCCUGCCACAGUUGAUUUAGACCCGAUGACGGGCGGUCUGAACCGUGAGACGACGUACCUUGAGGGUGAUGCGCGGGCGUAUCUUGCAAAUGCCGACUCUCUAACGUUGGCCCUUGAGCAGCGCUAUGAGUACUUUUUUACAGCGAUGGUGAGUGGCACACUUACCUCUCGUCGUAGUGCCGACGACUAUGUCGUACAAGUGUACUUGGGGGAUGGCGGGCCACUGACCUUUUUCCAGUCGCUGCCUGUGACGGCCGAUGGGACUUGGGGUCCCUCCGACCCAAUCGAGCGGCCCGCCGUAAAGUAUUUUCGCUUGGUUUCUCGACACAAUCUCAAUGUGCCCUCCUCUUGCAUGACCACGGAAUGCGAGUCGGGCGCGCUUGCACUGGUGCGCGGAGAUGGUGAUCUAGAGUACGCGGGGCUAGGCCUGAGCUUGACCGUGGAAGACGUGGACAAUGAUGAGGUGAUGGGCUUUGUGGUCACACUCUCUGGCGCCGAUGCCAGCGAUGAAAUUGACAUGCUGCAUCAGCCGAGCUUCGUGACGCGCGAGAUCUUGCCCUUCGACCCGAUCACUCAGACGCUGAUCACCCGCUUCACUUGCACAAGCGGCGCCAUCAACCACAGCACUGCCGCUGAAUUGGUGGCGUUGCUGUUCUACACCAACCCGAGCAUACACGUCGAGCCUCAAACGCGCAUGGCUGCUGUUCAGGUUGUCGAUUCGGCCAAUUUGGCCGGGACACCGGCAAUGGCAAAGAUCGCCAUUGCGCCAGCAAAUGAUGCCGUGCCAGCGCUGCGGCAAGAUGUCGGGGUCAUUGCGGUUCUGGAAAAUUUGACUGCAGGCGCCGUUAUCGCCAACUUGUCCAACCUAGUGACCGAUGCAGACCUGGGUCUGGGUGGUACCGUGGUCGACUUUUUUACGGUAGCCGGCUGGGCGCCGAACUUUGCUCUCGUCGAUCAGGCCAUUGUCCUUCUCGCCCCUUUGGACUUUGAGAUGACGACAACCAAACGCAUUCAAUUGCAAUUCACGGCCCGCGACGAUUUUGAGCCAGCAGGCGUUGCUCUUCUUACCAUUGAUCUGGCGCUUCAGAAUCUCAACGAUAACCCGGUCAUUUUGGCACCCUCGGGCUUGCUUGUUCUUGCUAUGAACGAGACGCUCCUAGCACAAUCACCGAUCGUGGAGUUCAACGUCAGCGACCCAGAUGAUCUAGGUUACACAUUGACGCUGGACCAGGAUGCGCCCGGACUCUUCCGCCUCAACGGCCGGCGCAUUGAGCUCGCGCCUGGGCGCAGGCUUGAUUAUGAAACAAAAACAGAGCACGCGGUCAACUUGACUGUUGAUGAUGGUAUCUUUACUGACAGCCUACACCUCCAAAUCCAAGUAGAAAACGUAAAUGAACACGCACCAAUCUUCACCCUCAGUCAUCUUAGCCUCAACAUGUCGGAGGACCAAGCUACACCGGUCAGCUUGGCCACAGUGCGCGCCAGUGAUGAGGACACUGGUGCUUUUGGCAAGCUCUCUUACACGAUGGAAGUGGCGCCGAAUGCGACCGUGCCAUUUUCUCUUGAUGCCGCAAGCGGAGAGCUGACUUUGGUUCAGCAAGUACGCUACCACGAGCAAGCAAGCUUUUCCUUUCAUAUCCUGGCAUCUGAUGGCGGUCAACGUACGGCGCGUCUGCCGGUGACCGUUCGCGUAAGUGAUGUGAAUGAUCAUGCCCCGGUUUUCGUGGCGGGGACCGAUAACAUUACCCUGACUGUCACGGAGAAUGCGCUGGCCCAGCCAGUUCAGCUGGUGGUGAUGGACCUGGAUAGCCCGGCCCAUAGCCACGCUUCUUUCGUCGUGCUGUCCGGUGAUCAUUCCUUGGUCAACAUUAGCGCCACGGGGCUGGUCAGCUUUCCACGCACGUUUGACUACGAACAGACCCCAGAACUGACGCUGGUUAUCGGUGCCUUCGACACAGAGCGACCCAUAUUAGGCACAGCCUGGGCAACUCUUUUGAUCGUCAUUCGCAAUGUCAAUGAUGAGCCGCCUCAAGUUACCUCGCCCCCUUGGACCGUGGCCGAGCAUCUCGUGGCUUCGCUAGCCGGGGUCCAGGUGAUCGAUGCAGAUGGUGAUGAGAAUUUUGCAUUUUCGAUCUUGGUUGUGAGUCCUGUGGCAGCCGCCACGUUCGUCUCCAUGGAUGCUGACAACGGUACGAUCUACCUGGGUGACGGCCUCGACUUUGAGGCUUACGAACAGGUGUCCAUCGUCUUUGCGGUAACGGAUGGUGUUCAUGUGGUCAACGCUACCGCCACCAUCCGCCUCACCGAUGUUAACGACAACGCACCCGUGUGGAACACCACUGCGCUUGCCGCGAGUGCUUCGGAGCUCACGUCGCCUGGUACCAUACUGGGGCAGCUACUCGCCACUGAUGCUGAUAGUGGGUCAUUUGGCACUGUCGGCUUUGAGCUGCUUGGUCCUGCAGUCGAGCUAAAGCGGUUCCGUCUGUCUGCCACAGGCCAGCUGCAACUGAUCACCACUCUGGACUAUGAAUCAGCAGUUGAGCAUCGCUUGAGCGUCAACGCAAUCGAUGGUGGCGGCUUGAUCACGCCGGCCGUGUAUGUUUUGACCGUCCGAAAUGAGCCCGAUGAAUCUCCCAUUGCCCCAGUCGAGCUGACCUUUAAUGUUUCUGAGACAGCCGAGGUGGGACAUCUCCUCGGCAGCGUGCUCGCCAACGACCCUGAUGGCCUGGAUUCUCUCGGCUAUGCACUUUCUACACCGACUGUGCCGUUUGCCAUCAACGCGUCUGGAGUCAUCACGGUCGCUGAAGAGCGUCUGGAUUAUGAGAGCACGAACAAAUCGUGGUCCUUUACCGUACUCGUCACAGACUCGCACAGUACCACGCGCGUGCCAGUCACGGUGCAUAUCUUGGAUGCCAACGACAACAGCCCCGUCUUUGAGAGCACGCGACCUGUAACGGUGGCUGAAGACGCGCCCGCAGGCUCGCUCAUUUCAUCGAUACUCGUGUCUGAUGCAGAUGCUGGUCGGAACGCCGCCCUGACUUACUCGAUCAAUGGCUCGGACAACCUGCCUUUCCGCGUGCAAGCAUCGAGCAAUGCAUCUGGAGUCGAUCUGCUCACUGCAGGCGCCUUAGACUUUGAAACGCAGGCGUCUUACAAUCUGACCAUUGUGGCCACCGACGCGGGUGCUCCACCCCGUACGACAAACCACAGCAUUCAGGUUUUGGUGCUGGACGUGAACGAUGAGGCUCCGGUGUGGACGUCUGCCAACACUUUGUACGUACCAGAGGGUGCUGCAAACCUGUCAAGCCCGCGCCUGGUGGGCCGCGUCACCGCCGUUGAUCCCGACUCACCAGACCUUACCUUCGCCUUUGUUGGUGGCGAAGCCUGCAACGCCAGCAUGGCAUUUGCUCUGGAUAGUGCUUCGGGCAACAUUUCAGCCUUUGCUGCACUGGACUAUGAGCUUGGGGCGCGCGUCUUCGUUUGCGGCCUCGAGGUAUCCGAUGGGGUACAUGCAACGGUCUCUAAUUUGACUCUACACGUCACCGACGUCAAUGACAAUGCCCCUGUGUGGGACGUCAACAUGGCAUCGUUCAACCUGAGCGAGGCAGCCGACGCAGGUGCCGUGGUGGCCACGCUGCGGGCAAAGGACGCUGACGCCGACGGCCAGCAGUCCGUCACGUUUGACUUAUUGGAAGACGAGGCUGGUCUUUUUGACGUAAUGGAGGAUCAGCUCAUAUUAACGGCAAGCGACGUUCUCGACGUGGAUGUGCAGACUGCAUAUUCUAUUCGCCUGCGUGCCCAGGACGACAGCCUACGGCCCCACUGGACGGAUCAAGAGAUCAUCAUUCAUGUUCUUGAUGCCAACAAUCGACCUCCAGUUGUGGUGCUCAACACCUCUUCCAAUACGUUUGAAGAAGGAUCGCCACCUCUGACUCUCAGCCACGUGCACCUUCAGGAUCCAGAUGCAGCCUUUCAGACGGUGACACGAGUUGACGUGACUCUUCGCUUGUCCGAGGCCAGUGCGGACUCCUUGGCCUUGGAUUUGGGUGAAAACUUGACGUUGCCUCCUGCUGCUGUCUCGGCGAUCGAGGCUCGGGUGCAGUACAUGGCUACGGCAACGGAGCUCUAUCUCUCUCUGAGAGCAAUUAACGAUGCGCGUGGCCUCUCCCUUGUUGAGGCAGCCACAGUGCUGUCUCAGCUGACCUACGUCAAUCCAACUGAUGAGCCUCGCCUCGUAUCACGCUCGAUUGCCUGGCGUGCGUUUGAUGGAGAGCAAUGGUCAAAUGAGACUUUGAUGGUGCUGUUCAUCGCGCCACGGCACGAUCAAGUAAUAAAGGCUGCACUUAGCGCCGUGACCGUGGACGUUCUGGAGGGGAGUUUGACUGGCGUGCUACCUUUUGAUGCAGGACUUGUUCUUUCGUCGACAGAGAACAGGGCCUACAAUGCCACAGGGGCCACGGUGCAGCUAAGCGCAGCCCGAGAGCCGAACGUUGGCGAUGAGAGCCUCCGGCUGCCUGCUGUCUUGCCCGCGGGCCUGGAAGGUGCAUACAAUCCAGUCGCGGGCCGCUUGAAUAUUAGUGGAUCGGCUUCGUUGGCUGUGUAUGCCGACAUCCUGGCCAGCGUCGCGUACAUCAACAAUGCCACAGAGCCGUUGCACAACCAGCGCAACCUGACACUUGUCGUCUACAAUCAGGUGGGCGCCAGCAUGCCGGUUUCAGUGAUGAUCCACACGAUUCGCGUCAACGACCCGCCCGUGCUGGGGAGUCUCCCUACGCAUCUGAACUUUACAGAGCAGAGCGGUGGCGUACUGCUGGCUGCCAAUGUAUCGCUGCACGACGUGGAUAGCACACACCUGUCGCAGCUCAGGGUAGAUGUGCUGAAUCCGGAUACCGCUAUGGACGAGGCGGUGCGCUUGAACGGUGGUGUGGAUGCAGUAUCUGGCAUCACUCUUCGGUCGGAAAGCAAUGGCACGACUCUCUUCCUGGACGGACUGGGGUCGUUAGCUACUUACAGAACCUUGUUGGGCGCCGUGGCUUACAAUGCCAAUUUCACCGUUCCGCCAGCAGCCUCGAAAAAGCUGCGCCUCACCGUCACGGACGAAGGUGGUGCCUCAACGCAAGUCGUGAUUUUUAUCACAUUUCAAGGCGUCAACAAUCCCGUCCAGAUUGUGGCGAUGGUUGCCGGUACAUUCACGGAGGAGGGCCCGGCCGUCACGGUGCUGAGUAGCUUAUCGCUGCUGGACCUGGACGACACGGAGUUGGCGGGUGCGGAGCUGACAACUACCUUUGUCGACACGGCCCAGUAUGAGCAGUUCACCACGUUGCCCUUGGCUGCUACGAACCCCAUCCUGCUGGCCACGCAUGGUGACCGGGUCAAUCUGACGGGACCUGCGACCCUGGCACAAUUUGAAGCGGCCCUGCAAGCUAUUCAGUACAUCAACCGCGCCGACAACCCCUCGGGCACGUCACGUGUGUUGACCUUGCGGGUCACAGACAUCCAGGGAGGCACGGAUACUGCUUCGGUCUUGAUGCCUUUUGCGAUUGUCCCCGACGCACCGGCACUUGUGACAAAUGCAAGCCAAGGACUAUCUGCAGCUGACCCCGCUCCCACGGCGGAGGAUACCUACGCUGCGAGGCUCUUUGCGUCGGAGGCAAACAUCGUCGUGACGGAUGAGGAUAGUUCCAUCGUAACUGCCAUUGAGGUGACCAUCAUGGGGGCUGCAGAUCCCACCACUGACCGAGUCGUCGCCUCAAACACCGACGGCAACACCGCCGCACGCACCGUAGACGUGAUCGGCACCAACAACGUCGUGAUAACCUUCCGUGUCACCGGCAACUGGACACUGGACGACGCUGCGGCGUUCAUCUCAACGCUGCGCUUCGUGGCUGAGCGUGAUGAACCGACGCUCGGCGUUCGCGAGCUAGUGGUAGUGGUCCUGGAUGAGACCGCCAUGCGCAGUGCCCCCCUCUCCUACUUUGUAAACGUUACACCCGUCAACGACCAUGCGCCUGUCGCAUCACCGAGUACACAGCUUGUAAACGAGCUGGAAGAAGUAGAGAUUGGGACGCGUCUGGCAACUGUUCUUGUGUCUGAUGCCGACACCGGCGCCUUUGGCGUGGUUAGUGUUGCCAUCGCCUCCGUUACGUUUGCAGGUGUUGAUGCACCCACAAAUUUGUUCCGUCUGGAACAAAGUAAUGCUAGCGUCGCGGUUUUGGUGGCCAAUGGGCGCCUGGAUCGCGAGCGAACAAUCAUCACCGCCAGUAGCAACGACGUCCGUGUCGAUGUCUUGCUUCUGCUCAGCGACACGGGUGGAGUCACCACACAAGCCAGCAUCUCGGUGCGCCUCACUGACGUUAAUGACAACCCACCCAGCUUUGCAGCUGCUUCAUACUCAGUCGUGAUCGCCGAAGGCGAAGUGGGCCCUUUACCUGACCUGGAGAUUAGGGCGACGGAUCUGGAUCGAGCUGCCAAUGAGGCGUUGACUCUCACUCUCAUUGACGAGGCCAGCCUGCCGUUCUCCAGCGAGGUUGUGCCCGGGCUCACAGCCUCGCUUCUUCUGUCUGUGGACCGAGCCUUGGAUUACGAGGCACAGUCUGAAUGGCGUCUCAACGUUAGCGCCAGCGACGGUCACCACAUCACGUUUGUUGAGGUGCUUGUCACCGUCGUAGACGUGGAUGACGAGCCUCCCAUUCUCAUACCACAGUCCGCGCUGACUGUGGUCGUCCCCGAAAAUCAGCCUGCGCCACAAGAGCUUGCGUGCUUUAACGUCACAGAUCCUGACACUCCUACAUCAGAGCUAAUCUUCACGCUCGCCUCGGUCUUGCCCAGCGCAGCUGCAAACGCCUUUAACCUGACCCUUUCGCCUUUUUGCGUGCACCGUGUUGCAAGCCUGGAUUUUGAGACCACUCACGCGUGUGAGUUGACUGUGCGCAUCAGCAAUGCCCACGACGACAGCCUCCAUGACAUCCAAACGAUCAUCGUCAAUGUCACCGACUUGAACGACGUGGCUCCUGAGUUUGAUGGCUUGCCAGUCAACAGUACGCUGGAAGUUCGAGAGAACUCAGUCUUGAAUACCACGGUCCUUGUGCGCGAUCCAGACUUUUUCGCUCAGCCGACUGUGGAGCUGCUAAGUCCUGCUGCUGUCAACGAUUUUAGCGCGUAUCUUGAGCCCCCAGCCGCUCCAGGAAAUGACUGGCAGAUGCGUCUAGUGUCCCGCCAAGUCCUGGACUUUGAAGUGGAAGCGUGGCAUAACCUCACAGUACGCGUUACGGACAGCGGUUUUCCAGCGCUAAGCACGGUGCAGCCACUCGUCUUGCAAGUCCGCGAUGUCAAUGACAACGCACCAGAACUAUCCUCACCCCAGACGGCCCAAAUAGCCGAAGAUGCAGCCCUGGACACACUGGUCCUAGCUCUGUCAGCCACAGACCGGGACACACCGGCUGUGAACGGGGCGCCGGCCUAUUUCUUUACUCUUGUUGACUCGGCCUUGCCUUUUGAGGUCGUCAGCGGGACACAAUUGCGCGUUGCGGGUGCACUCGACUACGAAAACAUUACAGAAUAUGACCUCGAGCUUGUCUUAUCAGAUCGGGGCACACCACCGCAAACUCGACCUGUAUCCAUGACCGUGCGCGUGACCAAUGUGAACGACGAAGCCCCGCGCCUAGUUGGUGCGUACCAGAACCAGACGACAGUGGCCGAGAACAUUUCUAGCGGCGUGAUUGCAACAGUGGAGGCUGCAGAUGCUGAUCCGCCCGCCGCUGGGGGUCGCGUGUCCCUGGAGCUGCACGUUAGCCCUGUCUCAUUGGCCGAUAGUUUUGUGCUCCUGGAUGGUGAGAUACACCUUGUGGCCGCUGUUGACUACGAGGCCUACAAGUCCGUGCAGCUCACGGUCACGGCAACUGACACAAUCCCGCCAUUUAAUGCGGCGACAGCAAACGCCAGCUUUGAACUCGAAAUCUUGGACAUUAACGACAACGUGCCAAGCGCAGACACCUACGUUGGCGAAGUGAAAGUGGUCGAGUCUUCCCUAAUCGGCGAGAUUUGGUUCCUCAACUACACGGAUGCAGACAGUGCCGAGCUAGGGGAUGUGGCUUACGAACUUCUAAGCGUGACUCCGCCAGGUCUUGCGAUCGAGGUCAAUGCUGCCACGGGCAGCGUGGUGGUGACCCAGGGCCUGGACUAUGAAACUGAUCCACAUCGCUUUGAGGUCAUGCUGAUCGGUCGAGACGGUGGGGGUCGAGCGGGACUUCCUUUCAACCUGACCAUCCUGGUCCAGGACCGUAACGACAAUGCCCCACAGCUCGAUCAGGUCCCUUCAAUCGUGGUGCUCGAUUUGUUUGAUGCAGUAGGCACCGUUGUCGCAGAAAUUACGGCUAGCGAUGCUGAUGAGGUCGAGAGUGCGCUUACUUUUGACCUCGAGGGGGCGCUUGACACACCGCUGCGCAUUGAUGCCAAGGGCGGUGCGCUGAUCGUUGACAAGAUUCAGAGCAAUCCCCUUCCGUUGACGCAAAUUCGCGUGCUUGUGCGCGAUGGUGGAAACCUCACCGCGAGCCGCGUCCUGUCCGUCGUAUCUGGUGCUGCACCCGUGCCGCACCUGGCAAGCGUCGAUGGUGUGGUACUUCGCAACGGCUCCACAUGGGCGCCCGGAUCGCCCCCGGCCGUUGUGCGCCAGCUCUCCACCUCGACUCUAUCGGACCGCGCGACGACUGUCGCCCUCGAUGCAAGCUAUGGCGGCGUUCAGGAGCGCGAAAUUUUGACUUUGGAAGCAUCGUCGAGCAGUGUUGAGAAUGUCAGUACGACGUUGUGGUCGGCAGGCGUGCGCUUUGUGGUGUUGGACAGCGACAUUUGGGCCGAGCGCCCGGUGAUCCGAGUCCAUGCCCAGGUAACUCGCACGGACACGAACUCCGACGUGGCCAUCGCUCGCAACGUCUCGCUCGAGGUGACUGCUGCUGGUCAAACUUCAACGUUGUUUGUAGCCUGCCAAACCACCAGCAGCGCGGGUUCGUGUUUCAUGGCUGCGACGGUACCCUCCGCCUGGCUCGACAGCCUGACUGCAGGCGGGCCCGACGUGACUCUUCCCGUGCGCGGCGGUCUGACGGAGUCUGGUUCUCUUGUAGAAGUGACCAACGUGACGCUGCACACACGCCCGCUUCCGGCUGCCACCAAUCGUAUCUUUGUGCAGCUGCCUGCACAUGCCAUCAGUCCUGACGAGACGGUGCGCGUGCAGGUGUACGUGGCCACAGACCGCAAUGUGCAGAAUCUGAUCAUGUCUUGCGCCCUGCCGACCAGCGGGCCUCUGGUUUUUGCGGAGACAUCGGCAGACAUUUUGCCAAGCACCAACGUCAUCGAUAACGGCUACGGCUUUGCCAUCUCAUCGCUUAACACUGACGGCUUCUUCGACGAGGCCCCCACCGGCUCGCCCUUCCUAAUUGCCGAUUUACAACUCAUGGCCGGCAAAUUUGAUGCACUGGCGGGCAGUACCAUCAGUCUCAACUGCUCUGGAACCAUGAGUGACAAUGAGGCGCUGCUACAAGAUCUGCCCGAUCCCAUGGGAUUUGUGACUGAUACGUACUUUGAGGCCUCGCAAGCGGCGAUCAGGCUGCAGGCGCACGCCACAAUAGCUGUGGCAGCCGUGCCCGAUACCUACGAUCUCACUAAUACCGAAACUCUGCUACCAAACACAUCACCACGCGUUGAACUCAACUUGCACUUGCGCAGCUCAUCUGGCCUCUUGACAACUCUUCGAGCGCCCGUGGGAGCUAGUUGUAGCAGCGACAUUGACUAUAUUCAGGUGACGUCCAACUGCAGUGCCCUCUAUUUUGACGGGCAGGAAGUGGGUGGCAGUGCCGCCACCAGCAUUCUCGUGAUCUAUGGAGCUGUGCAAUCCACAGCCACGGUAAGUGUGUUUGCAGCCAGUCAGGUGCAACUCAGUGCCUCUCGCACCCAGUUGCGGGCUGUUGCGGGCACGGUGACACCCAGCUGCAAUGAAACGCUGUAUCAAAGCAGCCAGCUCGAGGCGGUGGCCCGCUUUGAUCGUGGCAACACUGAGUCGGCCGUGUUUCUGGACGUGACAAAUCUUGUGGCACCGCACCUGACCGUGAGCCAACCCUCAGUCCUUGCGGUGGAACCUGAUGGCCGCAUGGUUGUGCAAAAGGCUACGCUGGCACGCCAUUUGAUCGAUGUCUCAGUACAUGGCAGUCGCCUCAGUUUGGAAGUCACGCGUGAGGGUCCGGUUGUGGCGGUGGCUCUCAAGACACGUCUGAUCACAGGCCUUGAUGUGGAAGCAACGGCCACGACCGUUCGGGCUAGCCUGCGCCAGCGUCGCGUGGAAGACCUGGCCGAUCGUUCCGGCCUUUUACAGUCUGAGCUGGUCUAUGCUGAUGGCAGCGCCGAUAUUUUGCCACUGCAUGCCCCGGGCCUGGCCUACGCCAACCUGGGCCGCGACUACAUUGAACUGAUCAACGGCUCCAAGGUCCUGCCCCGGAGCGUGGGCAGCGGCAACUUUGUCAACGCAUCUCUAACCCGCUGUGAGAUCUCACUCACGGCGGCCCCUGACGUGGACGUGUACUUGGAGCCUUUUGAAACAGUGCUGAAUCUCUCUGGGGCUGCCCUGGCGUACCCCAAUUCCGCUGCAAACCGUGCUGGGGUGCCGACAUCCAUUACCGUUUCGGUGGGGGCCCAUUAUUCGUCGUCGGGAACAGCAAAAAUAAUGACCUGGGAUCGCCAGACGCAGUACACGCUCGACCCUGCCUCGGGUGUGGCUCUGCGUCUCAACGAAACGGAAGCACAGGCUGAAUUGUACGUGAUCCAGGAAGCAACAGCAGGAAAUUUUACGCUUGGCGUUGACUUUUUGGAUCUUGCUGGCAAUGCCACCAGUCAGCUGAGUGUGGUCACUCCGACCGCGCUGGAGGUGCGUCUUCGGCCUUACCCGGCCUUCCCGGGGUCCUCGAACCUUCCGGUGGGCGUGUUGCAACGGCUGGCUCCUUUGGGCCGAUACCUCGAGGCCGAACUCAGCAUCUGGCUCAAGUUGUCCAAUGGCCAGCUCCUUGACGUGACGCGAAAUCCAGAGACGCAUCUUUCCAUUACCUUUGCAAACGGCACCAACGCUUCGACGGCGGUCGAGUUGCAACCGCUGGGUACCGAGCGCUGGCGCAUCACACCCCGAGCUGCCUCCAGCUUGCGCUUUGCAGCCACCUUUGCCGAGGCCACGUCGCAGUCGGCCGAUGUCGCGCAGCUUGAAGUGAGUGAGGAUUCAACCCAACUCACUAGCAUUGACGCCUUUAUGGUUGGGGACAGUAGCGCCGUCGUGGCUGGACAGCGCGGGCGCUCUUCGGCCUUGGCAUCCGUCAACGUAACCUUGGGCAACGGGUGGCAAUUAGUUGACGUGACACGCGCAAAUGAUGGCGCUUAUCUUGGACUGCUGGAAUUCUUCAGCUCCAAUCCCACAGCCUUGGCCAUCAACUCCAGUACAGGCACGUGUGCGCCAAUGUUCAAUGUGGACCCCACCAAUGCCGUGCUGCUGCAAGCACGUGGUGUACCCACGGGCGGCCCGACAUCAGCGGCUUUGUCACGGGACCUUCGCGUAAGUGUCAAUCUGCAGCCUGCACAAGGCGACGUGGAUCUUGGAGACGUGACUGGACACUAUCUCCAAAACCUUCGCAAACAACAGAACAAGGUGGUGCCUGUUUGGGUGGCCGUUGGUGGGGCAUCUUUGGGCAACUUGACAAUAACCUUGACAUACAACAGCCAGCGCAUGCAGGUCGUUGGCACCGCCAUCGGUCCUGGCUUCCAAGGAACCAUCGCAGUGCCCAGUACCGGACGCCUUGAUCUUGACCUCCAGGUCCUCAACCCUAUGAACGUAGACGCAUCCGCCGCUGGGUUGCUCCGCGUGGCUGAAAUCACCGUCUUUCCCACGUCCACGCGUGACAUAACCUUUGGCGGCACUGUGCAGCGCGCGACUUCAACUGAAGGUGCACCUCUUGGCUCACCAACGCCGCGCACCAUCGUGGCGGGUGCUUUCACUGCGGAUGUUUCGGACACGACGGGCGCCCGCCGACGUCGUACCGGUACCGGCACAGUGACCUCUGACAGCUUGACCACAACCGAUGUGCCCUCGGCCAAUGCCACGGAUAUGGAUCAGGGCCGGCCAGUGUGUGCUGCAAAUGCUACGCUGCCAUGUACCAACUGCACAGGUGGUGCGCGCGAGCGUGGGGACGUCAACGGGGACUGUCGCAAAAGUGACGCAGACGUGGACUUGCUGGCCCUAUACCUGGAGCACGCCAGUUACAAUUUUCGCCUGCCCGAGUCGCCGGCUGUCUUGGCAAGCGUCUACGAGCCAGAGCUGGACGUUGACCGCGAUGGUCGCGUCACACUCGCGGACCUCAACGCGCUCCGAGACCUGGCUGUGCAGCCACCCGUCUACUUUUCAACUCUGGAGCUGGAGGCGCCCCACUACCUGGAUAACGAUUGCGAACUCACCGUGCGGCUGGAAGGAGACAAGCCCUUUGCGGACCGCCAUCUCUUCCUCGCCUUUUCUGCCUCGUGGCCCAACUUCACCAAUGCGCUGAGCAAUGCAUAUGUUGUGAACUCGAUGGGUGGGGAUGAUGACAACGAUGUAGCUGGUCUUGCGCGAGUUGGUGAUCAGGCCUUGACCCCCACGAUGCACCCCUUUGGCGGCGUGUUUCCUAUUGUCGUACCCAGCAACACCACAGUGGCUCGCGUGGCCCUAAGAGCAGAUUUCCGUGCCACCUUUGGUGUCUCCGUCUUGCAGACUUACAAUGCAGCUUACAACGGGGUGCGAACGCACGCGCGGGUGGGCUUGCGCUCUUCCCCCCUCAUGUUUCCCAACCCUAUCAACCUACCCCUCCGUGAUGCUGCGGCUGGCAUCAAUUUGACGCACUUUGUCAACGGCUUCAACCCCGCCCUCGUCGGCGAGGCCACAACCCCGUACUUGUGGUGCCGAAAUGAUUUCGCGCCCGUCUUUGCGCAAUCUCUUUACGACUUUCAGGUGAACGAGGCCGCCGAUCCGACGCAGGUUGCCUUGGCCGUCGCCGCGACCGAUGCGGACCCAGGCCCCCACGGACGGGUGAGCUACAAGAUACAGCCCGACACUGUCGUUGACUGGGUCAUCGACGAGACUGGGGUGCUCCGGCCGACCAGGGGCCUGGAUCGUGAACGUGUCGCGCAAUAUUCCGUCUCCGUACUGGCGCAAGACGGGGCCAGCCCCCCGCGCAUCACCACCACGAGCGUCGUCAUCACUGUCCAGGAUGUCAACGACAAUGCCCCUCGGUUUUUGCACUUUCUUGACGCGCCGGCUGGGGGCCUUGGCUCAGUCAGCCUGCGCUUGAACGAAUCCGUUGCUGUGGGGCAGGUGCUGAUCAACGCUACCGCAGUGGAUCCCGAUGCGGGUGCUGCAGGUCGCAUCACGUAUGCAAUCGAGGGCAUGGAUGUGGCGGCUCAGCACUUUGCAUUCUCCGCGACGACGGCGACGCUAGUUGUCCGUGAUGAUCUGGACUUUGAGCGCCUUAACGUCUCGAGCUAUACCUUGGAAAUCAUAGCGCGAGACAAUGCAACGCCAUUCCACGAGUCACGCCUCAUGGUCCAUAUUGAGAUUGAGGAUCUGAAUGAUGUUCGCCCCUACUUUGCGCCCAGCGUGAUUCAAGUCAACGUAUCGGAGAAUCUUGCACCCGUACACCUGAGCCAGGUGCAAGCUUAUGACCCGGAUGGCAAAGGCGAGAUUGUGUACGCCAUUCUUCAGGCCACCCCAGGCACGGAGAACAUCACUCUCAAUGCAACGUCCGGCUCGUUGGACCUUCUGGCGCCCCUGGAUGCAGAGGCCGGACAAUAUCUCGGCCUCUGGAUUGUGGCGGCAGAGCGGGCACAGAAUGGAACCUUGCUGUUUGGGCCAGCCCUGCAAGUACGAAUUUUUGUCAAGGACGUGAACGAUAAUGCACCGGUCUUGGCUGCCGGGUUUUCAAGCACUGCCAACGUUUCGGAGUCGUUGAGCGUCAAUGACACGGUCACCACCGUGCCCGUGAUUGACGCUGACGUCGGCCCAGCGGGCACACUACGCUUUAGCCUCCGCAAUAGCACAGACCCUCGCUUUGCGAUUGAUCCCGAGAGUGGGCGCAUUUUCAUCCGCGCUGCUUUGGAUUUUGAGCUUGGGCCCAACGUGGUGCAACUUCUCGUGCGCGCCACAGAGCUAAGCCUAUCCACCAGUUAUGUGGAUGUCAUGCUGACCAUUCUGAUCCAAGAUGCGAACGAUGCAAGCCCCAUCUUUACUCAACAAGAGUACGCGUGGCAAAUCCUUGAGCGCGGGGGCACUGACUGGCAGCCCGUUGGGUACGUGGUCGCCACCGACGCCGAUGUCUCUCCGGCAUUCCAGGCGACCACCUUCAGCCUGACGGCGAGCCCCGCAAGCAAACUCUUCGCCCUGAAUGCAAGCACAGGCCUGCUGCUGGCACAAGGGCUAGAUCGCGAGGCAACAGCAAAUCAUACCUUGGUUGUGACCGCCCAAAACACGGUGCCCUCGACUGAUGGCAAGAUUCUAUCGAGCACCUCAACCAUUCAGAUCGAAGUCUUGGAUAUAAACGAUCGUAUCCCUAGCUUUGAAGCGUCCUUCUACGACGUGGCUGUGCCCGAGAAUGAGGCGAUUGGAGAAACCAUCGAGCAGCUGGUGGCGUUUGAUCCUGACGCGGGCGCCAAUGGCACCGUGUCAUACAGCUUGCUGCCCGACAACUUGACAGCUUUUUCCAUUGAUGCCACCACGGGUCGACUGCGCGUGAAUGCAAGCCUUGAUUACGAGACGCAACAGAGCUUCGAGUUCACUGUGCGCGCAACGGAUGCCGGUACACCGCCUUUGUACAGCACUGUACCGGUGCGUGUGCAGGUGUUGGAUCUGAAUGAUAACGCGCCCGUUCUCGUCGUCAACUCUACGAGCUUGCUGGUGUCGGAAAACAACGCACUGGCCGCGCCAAUCGCUCUGCAAGUCAUGGCAACCGAUGCCGAUGCUGCUGGCUCGGCCAAUUCGCGCGUGCGGUUCUCGGUGACCACUGAGGUGCUCUCCGCAACCACGGGACGCUGGGCUCUCGCGAAUGGGGAAAGCCUGGUCGCAGUUGAUGUUGUCACUGGUGACCUUCGUCUGCAGACAGUGCUUGACUACGAAGCCAUCCACCGCUUACGUCUAGUCCUGACAGCCACCGACGGUGGUGUGCCGGCACAACGCAGCAACGUGACCAUUGAGAUUGAAGUGGUGAACGAGAACGAUAAUGCCCCCGUAUUGACGCUCGUGGGCGCCUGUACGGUGCAGGAGAAUCGACCGGUACACACGUGGCUUCCGUGCACGUUGGUCGCCAGCGAUGCUGAUGGAGAUGCUCUGACCUUUGUUGCGCUGAGCGGAGUCAGCGUGGCGCCCAAUGGCUCGCUUGCUACUACCGCAUCCUAUGACUUUGAAUCGACCCCAGUCACCACCUUCGAUGUUGCUGUUACCGAUGGCGUGCACCAGAUCAACCGCACGGCCGUGUCGCUGGUCGUCGAGGAUGUCAAUGACUUGGCUCCCGCUUUCGGGCAGCCUAGCUAUAUCUGCAGUGUCUUUGAGAAUGCCACGGCCAAUACGCUCUGCGUGCUGGUCAACGCCUCGGAUGGCGACGAGCCCGGUACCCCGCGAGCUGCCAUCGAUUACACGCUCACCGGGACCGGUGCAACCGACUUUACCAUUGACCGCCUGGGUGCCGUCACUGUUGCGGCAACGGGCGUGCUCAACCGCGACGAGCGAGCUGUUUAUCGUCUGAACGUAACGGCCACGGACCGCGGCUCACCCCCACGCUCCAGCCUAACCAACCUUCUUAUUUCCAUCCUAGACUCCAACACGCACGCACCAGUUUUUACAUCAAGCCCCAGCGUCCAUGUGUCGGAGGCGGCCACCGUCGGGCCAACCCCCGUUUUCCAGGUGGUCGCGACUGAUGCCGACCUGGGAUCCAACGCUUUGCUGCACUACAGUCUGCUGCCAGGCAAUGGAGCAGAGAGCUUUACUCUCGAUGCGCAAACCGGUCAGCUGUUUGUGGCAUCGCCAUUGGACCGUGAAGCACGCGAUGCCUACGAAUUGGUCGUGCGGGCCCGCGACCAUGGGUCGCCGCCGCGUUGGACAGACCACGCCCUACAGGUGCUCGUCGAAGAUGUGAACGACAACGCGCCCAUACUUGCAUCGGGCCCAUUCUCCUGCGCCCUGGCCGAAACGGAUGGCACUGGCGGAAGCCUGCCAGUUCAAAGCUGCGUGCAGGUGGAGGCCACUGAUUUGGACGUGGGGGAGAAUGCGCGUCUCACGUGGCUGGUCAAUGAUACUCGCUUUGCAACCGACACGAUGGGUUUCAUCACACUACAAUCGGGAGCCGUGCUGGACUUUGAAACCACCAAUCGCGUGGCGGUGAGCGUGACAGUGACAGACGCCGGCGUUCCAGCCUUAUCAAGCACCGCUCUGUUGUUCGUUACGAUAACGCCCGUGAAUGAUAAUGCGCCGGAAUUUACACGCCACGUGUUUGAUUGCACAGUGACGGAAAACGAGGUCAACGCCUCCUGCGCAAGCCUCUCGGCAACAGAUGCCGAUGCCAACGCACCUGACAAUGCGCUGCGCUACGGGCUUGUCUCGGACGCUGCCUCUAGCGCUGCUGGUGCUGUUGUGGAUGCCGAGUCAGGCAAAGUUCGUUUGACACGGACGCUUGACCGUGAGACGCAGGCCGAGUACACGCUCAACGUGAGCGUUCAUGAUUUGGGCAUGCCGACCCGCUGGGCAUAUGCCACCCUGAUCUUGACCGUGGACGAUGCCAAUGAUAACGGUCCAAAGUUUUCAGCCGUGCCAUCGUGUUCUCUCUGGGAGGCAAACGGGCGGGAGCCUGUUGGACAACAGCAAGCUUGUCCCGCCGUUGCUGCAACCGAUGAUGACGUGGGAUGGCAUGCGGUGAUUGAGUACUCUCUCGACUCGACAUUUGACGGGCUUUUUUGGAUCGAGCCCGACUCGGGCAUCGUUUACACGAACACUACGCGUCAAACCCAGGGUGGCAAUGACGCAGGCAUGAAACAACUGGAUCGCGAAGCACAAGCGACGUAUAACCUGACUGUUAUUGCGAGCAACCCGCGUAAUGUCAGCAACUCAGAUGCACCGAGUGCGCGGGCCGUGCUGACGGUGCGCCUGCGGGACCGCAAUGACAACGCCCCCCUUUGCGUGGAGCAACCAUAUAGCUGUGCGGUAGCUGAGCACGAAGCCAACCUCACCUGUGCGAUAUUGUCAAACUGCCAAGACGCAGACGAUGCGGCAGGGCCUGCAGGACAACUCGCCUUUGCCUUGGUAGAAGAGCCGCGUGAUGGCCAGGGGCGCCCAAUGUUGGCCGUUGACGCGCUGACGGGCGUCUUGCGAACGACGGGUACUAGGAUCGACCGCGAGAUUGAUGCCACCCUCGAUGCGAUUGUCAACGUGUCCGAUGGCUUUGGCUUGCACACGAUUGUUCCAGUGACCUUGCGCGUCGUGGAUCGUAACGAUAAUGCACCCGUAUUUGAUGACAUUGCAUACUCGUGCCAACUGCAGGAGGAUGCUGAUGUGGGCGCGCUGUGCACCGCCGUUCGAGCGGUCGACGCAGACGCGAUGCCUGAGGCACGCGUAUCAUACAGCCUGGUUACCUCUUUCGGCGAUACGUUUACCGUCAAUGCCAGCUCGGGUGAGGUGCGCUUGAGCGGCACUCUGGAUCGUGAGACGCGAGAUAGCUACGUGCUUGAGGUCGAAGCUCGAGACGCAGGAUCGCCGCAGCUGGCAACCACUACACGUGUCACGGUCACCGUGCUAGACGUCAAUGACCUGGCACCAGCCCCCCUGCGAACAAACCUGAGUUGUUCAAUGCGAGAAGAUGCUUUGUUGGGCACGAGCUGUGUCCUCCCCACACCGUUGUUUGAGGACGGCGACUUGGCGGGUAGCCCAGCCAGUCAGCUUACCUUCAGCUUGGAGGGCGAAAGUGCCACCAUGUUCUCCGUGGAUAACGAAACGGGUGUUUUGACCUUGCAGCGCUUGCUCGACUUUGAGACCGAAGCCUUCCUGACCUUGACGCUGGUGGCUACGGACCAUGGCCAGCCGCGACUCAGCGGUCGCGCGUCGGUCGCAGUUAAUGUCAUAGAUGUGAAUGACAACGCGCCCGUUUUUGCUUCGCCAAACCCGGUGUGCGUGUUGUCGGAGAGUGCCGCUCUCGGCACCAGGUGCGCAGUGGUAAGAGUCACGGAUUCCGACGCGCCCGGCACAGCGCACAGCAACAUUUCGUAUCGCCUCGCGGCGGCCACUGCAGACCACUUUCGUGUUGAUGCGCGCACAGGCCAGUUGAUUCUGCGUUCCCUCUUGGAUCGUGAGGCGCUGGACCGGCUUGCCGUGACUGUGGAGGCCUGCGACGGCGGGCUGCCAGUGUUGUGCGCCAAUGCCACCUACGAUGUGACCGUGACAGACGAGAAUGACAACGUACCAGAGCUUAUAAACCGUCCCAGUGCCGGAUACGCGUGCCAGCUGCCCGAAAACACGGCCACUGAGAGUGCCUGUGUGUCCCUUGUGGCGCAAGACGCGGACGCAGGGGACAAUGGGCGUCUCACAUUUGCUCUGGUGGAUGAUUUCGGAGGCCGCUUCAGGAUGGGGGCCAAUGGCACUUUGACGGUUGCACGCGCACUUGAUCGCGAGCGCCAAAGUGUCUAUGCGUUGGACGUGCAGGUUUCAGACUUGGGCACGUCCCCACUCAGCACCUUUGCUCGCGUGACGGUAUACGUGCAGGAUGUCAACGACAAUGCUCCCCAGACCCAGGCUGCCCUUUACCAAUGUACUUUGACCGAAAACGCGCUGGUGGGCUCACGCUGUGCGGUGGUGCAGGCAACUGAUGCCGACACGGGUGUUAAUGCCGCUUUGUCUUUUGCCUUGGCCCCCAAUACAACCAGAGGUAGAGCGCACCCAUUUGUGGUCGAUGCCACCACGGGAGAAGUCAGCUUGGGUCCGGGCGGCUUGGAUUACGAGACGUUCAAUGCCUACGAGCUCUUGCUGAGCGUGACGGACGGGGGUAGUCCAUCCCUCAGUUCAUCCGUCUUGCUGUACGUCACAGUUGCGGACGUGAACGACAACGUCCCCAUUUUCACGAAAACGAGUUAUAGCUGCGGCAUUUCUGAGGUGGCUGGCAAUCCCAGUCUGGUGCUCGACCUGGGACCCAUCGAAUGCGUUCAGGUUGCUGCGACGGACGCUGAUGCGCCAGCUACACCAGCAUCUACCAUCCGUUUUAGCCUAGUCGCCAACGCGGCCGGACUCUUCUCCAUUGAUGCAAAUUCUGGGCUGAUCCGAUCAACAACAUCACGCUUUGAUCGCGAGGCUGAGGCGGAAUACAUGCUGCGAGUGCGCGCGGUUGAUCAGGGUGUUCCCCCGCUGGCCACAGAAGUGACCGUCACAGUGAGGAUCAAGGACGUGAAUGAUCACGCCCCCGUUGUCACGACGCCGUUUGCUGAAGUGGACGUGAGCAACGUGCUGCAGCCGAAUGACCUUGUUUUGAAGCUCACGGCCCAGGAUGCCGAUGCUGGAUUGAACGCGGCUUUGCGGUUUGUCCUCAACUCGUCGUCAUCAUCUCACUUCACACUGGAUACCUCCGGCAGCCUGUACUACACGGGUGGUCCCCUCGAGGACUUGGUGAACGACCGAGCAGAGAUGACCUACUUGGUACAUGACCAAGGCGUUCCUGCACGAAGCGCAGCAGGUGUGGUGCAUGUCCAUGUGCGCCCCUUGCUGCGAGCUCUCGGCGCGACCAUGGUGGCCCUGGAUUGGGAAGUUGCUUUUGAUUCUUUGGGUAUCACCGCUGGAGCCCAGGUGCAGCGGCGUGCGGCCGUCAGCUGCGGUCUGGACUACCCUGCAACGCGCUCGUGCAACACGAGCAUUGUGACGGUAUUUGCCGGGCAGGCUCACACAUACGUUGACACCGAUGUGCGAGCUGCAACUCGCUACGAGUACAGAGUUUUGUUGGGUGAUGCCUUUGUGUCUGCGUGGUACACUGUCGAAACACCCGAGAGCGCGCCGGCGCCGGUGCGCUCUCUGCUUGCGCAGCAAUUGAACCAAACGGCCGCACGUUUUGCGUGGGGCCGUCCCACUCCCAGCAAUGGUGUCAUUACAAUGUACGAACUCGUGUUGCAGGCGACAGAGCGAUUUGAGACGACGACUGCGGAGGAUGGCAGUCUGAAUCGCCGUGCUGCAGCUUCCGAGAUUACGCCAUUGGCUGGACGUGUGAUCGUGUACAACGGAUCAAGUCUGGAGGUUGUUGUGGAUGCGCUCAGUCCCAACUACGCCUUUUCGUGCUUUGUACGGGCUCGCACGGCAGCGGGGUCCACCAAUGGCGUUGUCAUCAUGUAUGAGCCCCAGCCUUUGGCGACGACAACGACUGUGGCGGGUGACCAGCUUGGCAGUAGCUCGUCGGACAGCGCUCUGUCCAGUGCUGAGCUGAUCGCCAUCAUUGCUGUACCGUUGCUUUUGCUCUUUCUUAUUCUCUUGCUCGUGUUCAUGCUGCUGCGGCGUCGCCGGGAUAGUGUCAGCGUCAAGCCGGGCCACGACGGCCUGGGUGAUCUGCAGAUGUCGACCCUGGAUCGCCCCGCAGACUCGUUCGGUCUCCGGCAUCCAAACGCGUUGUUUCUGCAGCAGCAGGACCUGUACAAUUCAACAGCGACGGACGUGACGCUCACGGAAACACGAGUGGACAUGCGUGCGGAACAUUCUCGCGGUGAACUAGCGUUCGGUGAGCCGGCAGCCAUGUUACCGACGCCUUUGCAAGAUGGCCCGCCGGCGUCUUUGGAGUCGACCAGGUCCACAUCCCCGGUCAACGAGGCAUCAGCAAUUUCCGUGAAGGGCGGUGAGGCAGCCGCGGAGCGACUACGUGUCAUGUCCACUGGCAUGAGGCGCGAUCUUCGCUUGCAGUCAUUAGAUGGCAAUCCGCGGUCCCAUCAUCUUACCCUCACCACCUUCGCGGCACCCGCGGUACCCGAACCGGAGCCCGUGGUCAAUCCCUUAUCACCGGCGGCAGCUCCGUACGUUUUGGACCUGGCCAAUUUGGAGGCAACCGAUGGCUUUGCGAUGGGCACGCUAUGGACAUUUGCCGACGUGCAGAAGGAGGUAGAACGACUUUGCGAAGAUUCGGCCAAGGGCAUGACUGCCAUGUUCAGGCAAGCUGAGGAUUUGGCAGCCGACGCAAGGGUCACAGUGGCCUCAGCCCCGGCGUUGGCCAGUCGUAAUCGCUAUGCCGAUGUGCUACCCUACGAUCAUAAUUUGGUGGUAGCAGAGCCAGAACAUGGUGUGGCGUACAUCAAUGCCAACUGGGUGGCAGGCUAUCAGGAUGAGGAGCAAUACAUUUGUGCGCAGACACCCAUGCCGGCCACCAUCCGUUCUUUCUGGUGCGCGGUGCUGCGGCACCGAGUGGCGGUUGUGGCCACCAUGAUGGAGGAUGCCCGCAACCAGUAUUGGCCGGAGCGGCUUCACAAACCGAUGCUGCUGGGCGAGGGGUACACAGUCACGCUCCUAUCGCAAGACAUCAAGGAGCCAGAUGCGUGGUGCACUCGAGCGUUUCGCGUGGCGCACGCGGACGGGAGGAACCAUGUUGUACACCAGCUACAGCUCCUGAACUGCGAGCCGGCUAAAGUAUUAGCACCCACGUUGGCGCGCUUUGCGCUCAGUUGCGAGCUACAGCGGGAUGCCAGCGGCGCAGGGCCACUGCUUGUGCACGAUGAUGUCGGGGCCGGGCUAUCGGGCAUCCUGCUGCACACCCUUGUUUGCGUCAGUAUGGGUUUGGAUACGGGACGUGUGGAUCCGGCGCGGGUCUUGAUUCGACUGCUGGAGCAACGACGGGCCAUGCUGCAGGCACCGGUUCAGCUCCGAUUGUCAUGCGAGGCACUAGCUUAUGUUGCUUGGAUUGCUGGACGACUCCGCCGACAUGAUCUUGUCCGCGCACCCGAGGACAAACCCAUUGCCGAGUUUGUCACCACCAUGCACUAUGCUUCUACCCACGACCACGCCAAAGCUGCGAGCCCCGGUUCGGGUGUUCGCGAGACGCUACCGGCGUAUGAGGACCAUGCACCAAUAGCCAUCACAUCGGCCAGCAUGGUUGGAAACGAUCGGGACCAUUUGAGGGUUUCCAACCCACAUGGUGAGCCGGCCGCUCAGGGAACCGAAAGCUCCACCGUCUACGACCAGCCGCGCGCGUCCGAUGUCGUUUAUGCCAACGUGGAACUGCAAGAGUCGGCGGAGCCGCUCUACGGCGAGGUAGCGCCGAUGAAUGAACGCGAGGAGUAUCCAGUCGACUCGAUGGCUUUGGAUGCUGCGGCCACCGAUGUGACACAGUGGAUCGAGCAUUUGUCGGCCUCUGGAGCCUUUGAAGACACCGCGUUGUAA